AUGUCGACGUGGGACGGCAAUGCCAGCCAGGAGGAGCUGAUGGCCAAGGAUGAGUGUAUCCUGGUGGACGAGCUGGACAACAUCACAGGCCACGCUAACAAGUACCAGUCGCACCGGUUUGAGGCGGGGCAGCCGCGCGGCCUGCUGCACCGCGCCUUCUCCGUCUUCCUGUUCGACUCGGACAACAAACUGCUGCUGCAGCAGCGCGCCGCCUCCAAGAUCACCUUCCCCAAGGUCUGGACCAACACGUGCUGCAGCCACCCGCUGCACGGGUACAACCCCACAGAGAUAGACUUCCCAGCCGACAUCGCGGCGGGCAUGACGCCCGGCGCCCAGCGCGCCGCUGUGCGCAAGCUGCAGCACGAGCUGGGCAUCCCUGCGGCGCAGCUGCCGCUGGAGCAGUUCAAGUACCUCACCCGCCUGCACUACUGCCCGGCAGACACGGGCACGUGGGGGCCGCAGGCGGAGUGGGGAGAGCACGAGAUGGAUUACAUCCUCUUUGUGCGGGCAGACGUCACCGUGCAGCCGAAUGCAGAGGAGGUCAUGGACACCAAGUAUGUGAGCCUGGGCGAGCUGCGGCAGAUGAUGCACCCCAGCAGCGGCCUGCUGUGGUCGCCCUGGUUCAGGAUCAUCGCUGAGAACUUCCUGGAGGGCUGGUGGCGGGAUCUGGAUGCCACGCUGACCACCGACAAGCACGUCGACACGCAGUGCAUCCACAAAAUCAUGGCCUGA